AUGGUGCCGUCAGCAUCUCUUGUGAUGCGAGAUUCCAUUAUGGAUUCAAGUCUUCCAAUAGCCAUCGACCCCGUGGCGUUGGUGACCACUGAAUGUAUCACCGUCACCUCGUCCAUGCGCAAGCAUGCCCGCUGGGCUCACUCCUCGGUCUCCGCCAUCCUGGGCGGCAAUGGAGCCUCUCGUGUCUACGAGCGGGAUACUUCUGCUCCUCCAAGCCCUCGCAAGUCUACCCAACCGACUCCUCGCGAUGAUGAUCAUGCUUUGGCCAAUCGGUGGGGCCUCCGGGGCAAGAAAGGGAAGAGCAUGCAGGAUAACCCGUUAAUAUCGGCCUUUACUCGACUGCGAAGCGACCUCAAAGGAUGUAAAGACAUUCGAACCUUUGAUACUCCGGCCCUGCUUCACCCAUUCUUACAGGUUGUCCGCUCCUCUUCGACCUCCGCCGCAAUUACCUCCCUCGCCUUGGUCGCCAUCACCAAGUUCUUCUCAUACAACAUUAUCAAUCCAGACUCCCCACGACUCUCCAUGGCGAUGCAACUACUGUCCGCGGCGAUUACACACUGUCGAUUUGAAGCGAGCGACUCUUCGGCGGACGAGAUUGUCCUGUUGCGGAUCCUCAAACUGAUGGAGGGCGUACUCUCCCGACCUGAAGGCGAGCUGUUGGGAGACGAGAGCGUCUGUGAGAUGAUGGAGACCGGAUUGAGUAUGUGCUGCCAAAGUCGUCUGUCAGAGGUGCUCCGGAGAUCUGCCGAAAUGGCAAUGGUGAAAAUGUGCCAAGUGAUCUUCAUGCGGCUGUCGCAUCUUGAUCAAGAUAUGCCAGCAGGACCGGACCCAUUUGCAGGCGAAGAUGCAAAAAAGGACCCUCUAUCUCGCCUCAAAAUGGACCCAUCCGUCAAUGGAGAUACUGUCACAUCCCAGCACCUAUCUGCUAUCAGCGCAGACACAGCGGCAGUGGACAGACCCAGCACAAGCCGCGAAGGUUCGCCCGAGCAGGGAAACAACAGUGGUGCCGCAGCUGCACCACCCAGCCCGCAUGAUGACACCGAAGCCGACGUUCAGCCAUACUCCUUGCCAUCGAUAAGAGAAUUGUUCCGUGUCUUGAUUGACCUGUUGGAUCCCCAUAAUCGGCAGCAUACUGAUGCCAUGAGAGUGAUGGCGCUUCGAAUUAUUGAUGUGGCUUUGGAGGUAGCAGGGCCCUCAAUUGCUCGGCACCCCAGUCUGGCCGUUUUGGCCAGGGAUGAUCUCUGUCGAUAUCUCUUCCAAUUGGUCAGGUCCGAACAGAUCGCCAUUCUUACAAGUUCCCUGCGCGUUGCUGGUACAUUGCUAUCUACCUGCAGACCCGUUUUGAAACUGCAGCAAGAGCUGUAUAUCUCGUACCUCGUGGCAUGUCUUCACCCUCGGGUGGAAAUCCCUCGUGAACCUGGGAUCGACCCCUCACUAUAUGAAGGCAUUCCCCAAUCACCAAAACUCGUCAAGCAACCGGCAUCACAAGCAAACAGUGGUAGGUCUACGCCUGUCCCCGUCAAGGACCGACAAAAGCUCGGACUUGAAGGUGGUUCAAGGAGGCCCGAAGCUCGAGAAGCCAUGGUAGAAAGUAUUGGUGUUUUGUCCCGGAUACCCAGCUUCAUGGUUGAGCUAUUCGUCAACUACGACUGCGAAGUGGACCGAGCCGAUUUGUGUGAGGACAUGGUUGGAUUGCUUUCUCGCAAUGCUUUCCCAGACUCUGCAACUUGGAGCACGACAAAUGUACCCCCGUUGUGCCUGGAUGCUUUAUUGGGUUAUGUGCAAUUUAUUUACGACCGAUUGGAUGAUGAUUCAGUCCAAGGAGACUAUCCCCCGCAAGAGCUCCUGAAGAGUCAGCGCCAGACAAAGAAAAUCAUCAUCAAGGGCGCACAAAUUUUCAAUGAAGAGCCCAAGAAGGGAAUUGCCUUUCUUGCCAGUCAUGGUGUUAUCGAGGACCCCAAGAACCCAGUAUUGGUCGCCCGAUUUUUGAAAGGAACCUCACGGUUGUCCAAGAAGGUCCUCGGAGAGUACAUCUCCAAGCGCGACAACGAGGAACUCUUGGGUGCUUUCGUGGAUCUGCUAGACUUUUCGGGACGCAAUGCGGUAGAGGCGCUUCGAGAGCUUCUCAGUUCUUUCCGACUUCCCGGCGAGUCGCCACUUAUUGAACGAAUCGUUACGACCUUUGCAGAGCACUACAUGGAAAAAGUCAACCCCGCCGGUAUUGCUGACAAGGAUGCACUUUACAUUUUGACCUACGCCAUCAUCAUGCUGAAUACAGAGCUCUACAACCCUAAUGUCAAGUCACAAAACCGUAUGACCUGCACCGGAUUCGCCAGAAACUUGCGGGGUGUGAACGGAGGUGGGGAUUUCGCAGAGGAAUUCUUACAGGAGAUCUAUGAUUCCAUCAAAAACAACGAGAUCAUUCUGCCCGACGAGCACGAGAACAAGCAUGCGUUUGAUUAUGCUUGGAAGGAAUUGCUGCUGAAAUCAUCAACUACCGGUGAGAUGGUAACAGGCGAGACCAACGUGUAUGAUGCCGAAAUGUUCGAAGCUACGUGGAAACCGGUGGUUUCGACUCUUUCAUAUGUGUUCAUGUCUGCAUCGGACGAUGCCGUGUAUUCUCGUGUUGUCAAUGGCUUCGAUCAGUGUGCACAGAUUGCUGCUCGAUAUGGCCUCACUGAGGCAUUCGACCGCAUUGUCUUCUCACUUGCGUCGAUCAGCACUCUGGCUACUGCUAAGCCUCCAAGCACAGCCCUCAACACGGAGGUCCAGGCAGGUCAAAAGAGCGUGAUGGUGAGCGAGCUUGCCGUCAAAUUCGGCAGAGAUUUCAGAGCUCAAUUGGCAACAGUGGUGCUUUUCCGAGUCCUAUCGGGCAACGAGGCCACUGUCAAGCAAGGCUGGGAGCAUAUUGUUCGCAUCCUGAGUAACUUGUUCAUCAACUCACUCACACCGCCAUUCGAUGCUGAACUCACGUCUGAGCUUGAUGUUUCUCCGAUCCCGCUGCAGCCUCCAUCUCAAGUAGUUGACCGGGAUGGACGAAACAAUGACUCUGGACUUUUGUCGGCAUUCACGUCCUAUCUUUCGAGCUAUGCGGCAGAUGACCCUCCCGAGCCUUCAGAUGAGGAACUUGAUAACACACUCUGCACAGUUGAUUGUGUGACGGCAUGCUCGAUACCUGAAAUUCUAUCAAAUCUCAAAUCUCUCCCUCUAUCCUCAUUGGAGGUGCUCAUGGAGGCUUUGCUAUCUCAGCUACCAGAGGAAAACGCGCCGGCAGUUAUUGCGGUUAAGCCGGAACGCCCAUCGCCUACAUCUAGAAUGACAGGCAACAGAGUGGAUCCGAACUCGCCGAAAUACGAUCCCUCGAUGAUCUUUGUCUUGGAGUUAGCCACUGUGCUCACUCUUCGCGAUGACAAGACCUUGGAGGUUCUCGGCGAGAACCUGGCAACGACCCUCCAAACACUGGUGCGCGAUGCAAAGAAUCUUCAUCCCCUGACUGUGUCUCGCGUCGUUUCUUAUCUUCUCAACCUUCUGCGACUGAGCCAUGACCAGCACUUCAUGCGGGUACCUGUCGUGCUUCAUGCCAUUUCUGGGUUCGACCAGGAUAUCCUCGAAACCGUUGCGACUCCAACUGUGAAGGGCCUAUCAAGAUGUAUUAGCCACACUGGUCUUCUCCGAAACGAGAUCACAAUCUCGCCCGAUUUCUGGUCAAUUUUGCAACGCCUCCACCAGCACGAGGCAGUUGCCUCCCUAGUUUUUGAUCUUCUUCAAAGCAUUAUCGAGUCAAUGCCCGACAUUGUCACUGCUGAUAACUACGAGUUCGUGGUUAGUCUGGCAAACGACUUUGUCAGUGCUGGACGUGUGGGAUCCAUCGAGGAGCGACACAGAGAUGCCCAGGCACGCCGCAACAAGGGCACGAAGUCCAAGUCAAGUGAAAACCAAGUCGUUACUCGCGGUGUCAGGGCAAUUGGUCUGAUCUACCGCUUGACCGGCCGAGUGCCAGCCCUUAUCAAGCAAUCCCACCUCGAGGAGACUGAAGCCUGGGCUGCCUACUGGUCUCCCAUCUUCCAGUCACUAACCAGCCAAUGUAUCAACCCAUGUCGCGAUAUUCGUCACCAUGCCAUCUCCACGCUGCAAAGGUCUCUUCUAUCAGCCGAGCUGAUCUCGAGCGACGAUAACGAGUGGGCCGGUAUCUUCGAUGAAGUCUUGUUCCCCCUUGUUCUGCUUCUCUUGAAGCCCGAGGUCUACCAUUCCGAUCCUGUUGGCAUGAGCGAGACCCGAUUCCAGGCUGCAACUCUGGUCUGCAAGAUCUUCCUGCGCUUCCUUGACCAACUUCCCAACAGGACAGGCAUGCUUCCUCUCUGGCUCAAGAUUCUGGACAUCCUUGACCGCAUGAUGAACAGUGGCCAAGGUGACAGUCUGGAAGAGGCAGUUCCCGAAAGCUUGAAAAACAUCCUCCUUGUGAUGGCCGAUGGAGGCUACCUAGUCUCCCCAUCGCAAGACCCAAGCAAGGAAGAAACCUGGGUCGAGACCCGUAAGCGCCUGGGCCGCUUCCUACCUGACCUCUUCACUGAGGUCUUCCCCGAAGCUUCUCAGGAAGCUGAAACGUCCCGCCCGGGCUCUGUCAUCGCCUCUCCAAUUCAACCUACGGAGGCAGAGAAGAAGACUGAGGAUAAUACCCCUCAGGAAGCCGGAAAAGAAAAGGAGACUGCUGACACCGAGGACCAACCUGCUCCCGAGGAAGUCCAGGAAGGUAUUUCGUAG